AUGAAUACUAAUCAAGGAGUUAAUAAUCCUAACAACACGUAUAGUGAGCCAGGGUAUUAUGCCAAUCAAAAUACAGGAACAACAGGGCAAAAUCAACAACAACAACCAGGAAACCAAGGUUAUGGGAAACAAACAAUGACUACAGCACGUCCAAGAACAUUUGCUGAACAUCCUGCUUUAUUAACAACAUUGAGAAUCUUAGAAUUUGCCUCUUCUGUCUUAGUAUUUUCCCUAUUAGCAUUCGCCAUUCAUGAUUAUAACGACCAUGGUAACCAUAAGACUAAUUUUGCUCUUGCUGUCGGUGUCAUUUCUACCUUCUAUUUAUUAGCUGUCUUUUUAGGUACAUUAUUAAUGCCACAAUUUGUCUUUGCUGGUGUUUUACUAAUCGCUGAAGCUAUCGUUUGUCUACUAUGGUUAUGUGCAUUCAUCGUUAUCGCUAAGACUGUCGGUGAACAUUCCUGUAGUAACAGUAGAGUAAAUCAAUAUAAUCCAGCUUAUGGUUCUAUCAGUAGCUUCCAACAAAGUGGUGGUACUUAUAAUCCUUACACUGGAGAAUACACUACAAGUAAUUAUCAUAGAGCUUGUAACACUUCAAAGACUGCAAUUGCCUUUGCAGGGUUUGCAUUCGUCCUUUUCGUUAUUACAUGCAUCUUAUUGGGGUUAAACGUUUUGAAACCAAUUGUUAGAAACUUUGGCGGUCAAGGUUUGUGGAAAGAUGGUAGUUAUAUCGGUUCUAAAUUACAAAGAUUUACUGGUUUGGCAUUGGAUAAACCAUUGGGUAACACUUAUAAUGUAGAUAUGGAACCUGGUGUUGUAGGAACUGGAGUCCCAGCAGCGGAUCAACAUACUAUGUCUACUGCAGGUGAAUCAACUACUAAUGCUUACGAUCAAGAAAAAUAUGGUAAUGAUGGUGCAAGAAGUGCUGUCACUGGUAGUACUGCUGAACAACAACCACAACAUCACACAUAUCAAACAGAAGCAACACAGCCAACAACACGCACUCAAGUUCAACAUCAAGUACGUACUGAAGAAGAAUACGUUCCUGCUCCAAGAACAAAUAUGUAG